CAACUGCCGUAAUACUCCGAAGAAGAAGAGACAGAAGAACAGUGCAUCUUGAGCCCCGCCUGGUGGUCAAUAAGUGUGAAGGCAACAUGGCGGCCCCCGUGAGGACAUUGUGCUGUUCAGUGUUGAGGCACUCCAGCAGGCAGUUCAGCACAACAUGUGGCGUACAGGCUGGAGAGAAAUGGAGGAAAGAGCAUGGACUUUCCCGAAGCGGCACAGAAUAUGGCCCCCUGACAGAUCUGCCUGAUUGGUCCUUUGCCGAUGGGAGACUGGCACCUCCAAUGAAGGGACAGCUGAGAAGAAAGCAAGAGAGGGAAGUUUUAGCUAGACGUAUCGUGAUGCUGAACUCGGAGGUGGACAGAGGGAUGGAGGCAUGGAGCGAAAAAUGUGAAGAAGCCAAAAGAAUUGACGAGCACAAAAAGUCCCUUUUACUCAAACCUAAAGGGAAGUUGUUAAUGAAGAAAAAAAUCUAAAAGUUAGAAUUAUCAUUGUAAUCAUGUUGCCAUGUGCUUAUUGUGAGAAAUAUGUUGAUUUCAGUCUAUUGAAUAUAUUU